ACACACACAGAGAGAGAGAGAGACACACGCUCGCGCACAUAUCUGACACACCGCGUGCGCGAGAGGCACCGCCGAGCAUCCUCCCUCACCGCAAGCCAAGGAGGCGACGCGGGCGAGCGGGCGGGCGCCCCAAACAAAGCAAAAAAAAAAAAAGAUGGCAGGGAUCCUGGCGUGGUUCUGGAACGAGCGCUUCUGGCUGCCCCACAAUGUCACCUGGGCGGACCUGAAGAGCACCGAGGAGGCCACCUUCCCUCAGGCGGAGGACCUCUACCUCGCCUUCCCCUUGGCCUUCGCUGUCUUCAUGGUCCGCAUGGUCUUCGAAAGGUUUAUAGCCAAGCCAUGUGCCUUAGGCCUAAAGGUUCAGGCCAAUGGACCACAAAAGGCUCAGCCUAAUGCUAUUCUUGAAAAAGUCUUCACUGCGAUUACAAAGCAUCCAGAUGAGAAGAGGCUUGAAGGGUUGUCUAAGCAGCUGGACUGGGAUGUUCGCAGUAUUCAGCGUUGGUUUCGGCAGAGGCGUAAUCAAGAAAAGCCAAGCACUCUUCGAAGGUUCUGCGAAAGCUCGUGGCGAUUUACAUUUUACCUUUAUAUAUUCACUUAUGGAUCCCGACUUUUGAAAAAGAGUCCAUGGCUGUGGAACACAAGGCAGUGCUGGAUUGGGUACCCAACUCAGCCCCUGAUGCCCGAGGUUCAUUACUACUAUAUAGUUGAGCUGUCAUACUAUUGGUCCGUAAUGUUUUCUCAGUUCAUUGACAUCAAAAGAAAGGACUUUGGCAUCAUGUUUACACAUCACAUUGUAACAGUCAUUUUGCUAACCAUCUCCUACACAGUCAAUUUCACACGGGUGGGGACCCUGACUCUUUGUCUUCACGAUGCAGUGGAUGUCGUGCUGGAGGCAGCAAAAAUGGCAAACUACUGCAAGUUUCAAAAACUGUGUGACUUCCUGUUCCUCAUGUUUGCUGUUGUUUUCAUCAUCACAAGGCUUGGAAUAUAUCCUUUGUGGAUAUUGAACACAACAAUGUUUGAACUUCCUGAAAUUGUCGGCGGGUUUCCUGCCUUGUCGAUCUUUAUCAUUUUACUUUUGAUACUUCAAGUUCUUCACUGUUUUUGGUCCUACCUAAUAGUAAAGGCUGCUUAUAAAGCUAUUUCUAAAGGCAAGGCUGGGAAAUGGAACCCCUUGCAUGCAAGGGAUGACCGGAGCGACGUCGAGUCUAGUUCAGAUGAAGAAACCUCAGUCCCUCAUUCAAAGAAUCCCCAUAAUUCUGCUACUACCAAUGGGACAAGUGGAACGAACGGAACAAACGGGUACCUCACCGGUGGCAAUUCUGCGGAGGAACACUAGUUCCUGGGCCACACACUGAGACACGAACAAAAUGAACUGUUUGCUACUGAAAGUAAAUAAGUUGUGAAUGCUGGGUUUUGAUUUUUUUUCCACCUCUUUCUUCCUUUUUUCCUUCUUUUUCUCAAAAUCAGAGAAAAAAACCACACACACACACACGGAAUAUUUAAAAGUUUCUGAUAGCGCACUGCCGUAUUUCCUGUUUGUGAAUGACAGCGCCACACCAUUUUAUGUAUGUAGGCAUGCUGUAUGUAUAUAUACAUGACUAGAUGGGAGCAGUAUUUUCUUCUGUAGUCCUUGGACAUUAUUUAUUUUAUAUCUUGUUGGGCGGUGACGUGGCAGAUGAAAUAGAACUUCUUCUAGGUCUCUUUGGACUUCAUCAGUUCAAGAGACUAUCAAAUAAAAGAUACAUAUAUUUUCUGUGCUUGGUUUCUACCACCAGAAUGUAAUAUUAUAGGCACCUGCCUGAUUUCUCUUACAAUAAAAGUAGAAAAGUUCACCUCCCAUUAUAGAUCUAUUUUUCCCUUCCUGUUUUUCUUUUUUGCUGGACCUUUUUUUUUCUUGCCUUUUUGCUGAAAGAUCCUGACUUUAGAAAUUGCCAGUACAAUCAUAGUGAUCGCUUCUACCCCUGAUGCGAAACUUUAAAAUGGUGCAUUUGUUUUUUAAAUCGCUCCUGGUGGGAUCAAUUCGAUGAUACAAAUUAAACCACAGAUACUGUAAAAGGAGAUAUGUUAGCAUUGUUUUAAACACCAAAAUUGGUGGCAAGCAAGAUUAGAACCCGCUGUUUCUACAAAUGUCCAAACUAUGUUUACACCAAACGUGAUGACCUCAACUUGUAGACGGGUCCUGCCUUUCCGAUUUAAAAUCUGUUUAAUUUAAACUUCUUGUGUAGAUUUUGAUGCCUUUUUAUUUUAAGUAUCAGAAAAAAUAUGUUUACUUGACCCCUAUAGUCAUGUAUGUAAAAGCUAAUAUUUGGAGAAGUGUCAAGAAAACAAUUGCUCACUAAAAAUAGGAUUGCCCGGAAAGGAUUGGAAAGAGACUGGAAUGUCUGAGGCCUAAUUCUUUCAGAUAGUGUUUUCAAACCUGUUUAAGUACAAACUUAAAUCUGGGGACUCAGUUGGUUUAAUACUGUGCCAUACAAAAAAUAUUCUAUGUACAUAGAAUUCACGGUAGGAUGUUCAAGCCUAGGACUUUUUCUUGACAUAUUAGUUUAUGUCUAGGAUCUUUUUGGUAUCAUGUGUCUGCUCCCAACACAUGAGUAUGGUAGAGUAUAGACUUAAAUGUAUCACCUCUCAUGAAAUUUGUAAGAAUUAGGUCUCUUUCUGCUGCCCGAGAUGUAUUUCAAGAUCAUUCCAAUGUUCUCCUGACUUCCAAAGAGCCAAAAGUUGGAAAGUUAAUUUCUGGCUUAGUUCAGACAGUAUGGGAUUACAGAGGGCUCCUGUGCCUUUGUUAUGUACAAGAGGGAAUUUCAACUAGCUUGUUACCUGAUUGCAUGAGAAGCAACACCUGUUUAAUUCCAUCUUCUACACAACUAUUAAAGAUACAGGUGCCCUCCCCAGUCUGGAGCCCUAAGUCAGUAUGGCUGUUGUCCAAAAAGACUAGUUUUCCAAUCUUAGACAAUGGUCCAACCCAAUAAGCAACCCACCUUGGUAUGUGGGGCUUGCAUUUUUUAUAUUUUGUGUACAUGGGGUAAUCUGGGUGGCUCAUGGUGAAUGGGUUGGAGGUGCAGUCUUGGUUCUUCUGUAUAACACACUAUUAGUCCUGGAUCAUUCCACACAUUCUGACAGACGCACCCAUAGGCCUCAUAGCAAUCUCUCAACAUAGUUUUUGUGGGAGGCAGGCCACAUUCAUUAACCCAUAACAUUGCCACUUUUGGUACUAUUCAGCCCAGGCUAGGAACAUGAAAACCUACUAGAUAUGUGUGCUACAGGAUGGAUCAAUAACAAGCAUCCAGGCCUUUUAAUGACUAAUAAGACUAGCACUAUCAAUAACCUAGGCUGUUUCCAUAUUGAAGAAUUAUAGCAAUUACAUUGAUUGCUAUUGCUCAGUGCUAAGGAAUUCUGGGAUUUGUAAUUUAGUGAGAUAUUUGCCCUUCUCUGUUGGAGAGCUCCAGUUCCACAAAAAACUACAAAUCCCAGGAUUCCAUAGGAUGGGAUGGCAGUUCCAAGUGGAGUUGAACUGUUAUAAUUCUGCAGUGUGAACAGACUUGUUUACUUUUCUAAAGGAAAUGAGCUCAAAGAACAUGCAGCAGGAAGAGUAUUUUAAAAAUAUAUUUUUCUUGAGACUGAUUUUCCCAGAAGAUACUUAGGAAACAGUAUUCUUAAUACAGAAUGAACUUCUGUCCUUACCAGAGCAAAUGUCAGAAGAAGAGAAAACUAUCUGGAAAUUCAUCAGAUAAUUUGAAUUUUUUCCUUUUCAGAAUACAGCUUCCAGGCCUCAACCAGCCUGGCCAACAGCCAAGAUGGUUGGGGAAUCUUGGGAGCUGUAAUCUGAAAAUAGUUUUUGCAAGCCCUGGUAUUUUUGUCCAGCGGUAUUGUGUUAUUACUGGGAACUAUAUAUAUAUGCACCAGAUAAUACACUGGAAAGAUGGUAAUACACACAGAGAAGAAGAACAGCUUGCUCACAACCUGAAGAAAUUAUUUUCAACCACAAAUCUUUUUUACUACAGACAUCUGCUGUAACUCAGGUGUCCUUAAAAUUGUUAAAUCUAAUACAGUAUUUUGCCAGUGUAUACAGAAGAGACUUGAGUUCCAUGUUCAGUCAUCCCUUCUACUGACUGUUUUUGAAGCUAACAUACCCCUCCCAUAUUGAGUUUGGGCUUUGGUAACGUGCAUACAAUUUCCGAUUUCAAUUUGCUGUGUCUUAAAAAAUAUUCAAAAUUUUUGAAAGCCAGAAUGCGUUAAGUCAAGAUCUCAUACUUUAACACUUAUUACUUUAAUACAUGGAAAUUCACUGGAUAAAUCACUUAUUUUGUAAAGUUUAAAACAGAACAGCGCAAUUGUGCAAAUCAGCUUUGUAAAAAUGCCAUUGUGGAGAAACAGAAUGAAGGGUACUCAUGGAAUAAAGGGGAAUAAAAGUCAUCUGGGCCUUCACUUCUUCCACACUAUUAAGUAUACUUUGGUGGGAAUGGAAGUCUAAAGCAAUGCUAAUACUUAUGAUUGUUAAACUCUAAUCAUUUAGGUGUUUUGGACUUCAGCUCCCAAAAGUCUCAGCUGCUUUGGCCAAUGAUCAGGGAUUCUGGGAGCCGAUGUCUAAUAUACCUGGAAGACUAGAGUUUGGGAAACACUGAGUUAAGAGAUAAUUAUGCUAUCAUUCAGGAUUUAGUUCAUGCUUCUAUGGCUAUAGGUGUGUAGAGGACAGGUGGAGACCCAUUAACCAGCCACUCUGCAGUGAGGAUAUGGAGAUACAGCUAUAGUUGAGUAUGAAGUUCUCCGUUCUUGAGCUGAUGGAAAUUGUAUCAAUGUCCUCCCAAAACACAGUGACAUCUCAUUUACGAAUUCUCCUAUCAGCAAAGUGCGGUUGUGGUGGGUGGUUGGGAAUUAUUUACAUUCACAGUUGUCGUAACGUACAUGUAACAUUUUGGUCAUGAUUAAGCAUCAGGAGCUAGUCUAGAGUCGGUCAUGAUUAAGCAGCAGGAGCUAGUCUGGAGCCCCUUAUGCAUCAGGAAGCCUGAUUGAAUCAGGAGCUAGUCUGGAGUCCCUUAUGCAUCAGGAAGCCUGAUUGAAUCGGGGUCUCUGCAUGGUCAUGAAUUGAGGUAUUCUAUGUGAGUCGUGAUUAAAAAAAAAAAAAGAGGCACACCAGCAGCUUACAUUCAAUUUUCUGUUGACAAAAAGCACUGAUCAGGGAGGGUGGGAUUUUCAAAUUACUUUGAGGUGUUGUGUAGAGAGGAUUUUUCUGAACAGGUUUGGUUUUCCCAGUAUUAUUGUAAAGGGACUGUGUAUCUAUUAGUUCUGCUCAUGCUGAUGCAGUCAGAGAUUAGAAACUAGACUUAGGGGGAGGAAGGCUCCCAGGUGUUGCUUUGGAUAACACAGAAAACAGUUACAAAGCAUACUGUGAUGUUACCCAAUCUAUGGAGUGGUAGAUACAGCUUAAUGUAAGAGAUUUGUGCUUCUCCACAUGUAAUAUCAUAGCCAUACUGUAGGUGGAUUCCUCCUUCAGGGAAGGUCUGUCCACUCUUUCCAGUGAUCUGAAGUAAACAGAGGUGGCCAUGUGAGUGCAUAAGAUCAGUCUUUGUCUCCCAGAGUUGUAUGUAUGUAAGGAACUGAAUCUUCUAGAUACAAUUUGCAUUUCCUAUAAUAGUAUUUUCAGCCUUUUGUGUGUGUGUAUUAAGAUCUUAGUAAAAAGCUCUUUGGUCCCUUUUUAGCACUAGAGUAAGAGGUGCAGUGGCUGGAUUGUGUAGAAUAGGGAAAAUAAGAAAUGCAGUGUGUGGAAGGUAGUAGCUAGACUGAAUGUUUUAUUACUCAGCCCUGAGAUAGUGAAGUAAGGUUCAUAGUUGUGUGCAUUUAUUCUCUUUUAGGUAUUGACAUGGGACACACUAAAAGAAGAAAGUGUGUGUUUGUAUAAAACAAGUAAAUAGAUAUAGCCACUUGAGGAUGGGAAUGUGGGAUUUAUUUGCAAUCUCCAUCCAAACUGGAGUGCCAGAUUGAAAAUGCCAAAAAGAGACAAAUAUAAAUUUGUCCUUGUUGCCACUUUGAGGUUGUUCAACAGAUUGCUUUCAUUUCUUGUCUGUAGCACAGGUUUUGGUUUCUGUAUGUUUGCAUUAUAGGGCUGGUUUGCAUAAGCUGUAUUUUGGAGAGACAGAAUCCCACACAUGCCUUGGGGUUCGUGUAUGCUCCCCCACUACAGUCACGAUAUUUACAGUGAUCAGUGUGACCCAGGACCCAUAAGCAUAUGUAAGUAGGAUUAGUUUGCACUAUCCAUGAAUCAGACCUCUACAGGUUGCCUUACCCAGGCUGCCUGUCCACCAUAACCUUUUUGGUGUUUUGUUUCAUUUUUGCAAUGCACUUAGGUAAGACUUCCUUGUAUGUUUGGUUCACAUUGAAAGUCCUACAUGCAAUGGCAUAUAAGGAGCAGGACUCCAAAAAUUACCCUUCUAUCCCAUCACUUGGGGAGUGUAAAUCAGAGAUGAGGCACAAGUGACUUGUCAGAUGUUGGAUUGCAGCUCCCAUCACUCCUAGCCAGCAUAUCCAAAGGUAAAGCCUGACAGGCGAUGCAGUACAACAAUAUCUGGCAGGGACACACAUAGAGGCCAGUGUUUUUUAUGAACUAAGAAUUUAUUUUCUCAUGAGAAACAACAAAGUUGGUUGCUAAUGAUAUUAAGGUACAUGCACAAACAGCUUCCCUUACAGAGCAUUUGCAACUCAUCCCUGUGCUGUCCUGAAUUGAAGAUGGUUUCCUUCUUAGAGCUGGCAUCUGUUGCAGUGGAUCUGCAAGGAACUAAUAAACUUCUCAACCCAGAGAAGUAGGCUUAGUUUAAGAGCUAAAGUGAGCAAAGUGUAGCCUACUAGUUGUUUCUGAACUGUAGCUCCCAACAUUCCUCCCCAUGGGUGAUACUGGCAAGAACUGAUGGGAUUUCCAGUCUUAACUAAUUGUAGAGGAGCCCACUUAGCAACUCUCAGAUUUAGAGGACAAGUGGGAUAAUCACGUCUUAACAUAUCACCAGUAUGUGACAAUAUAUAGCCACAGAAUGAUUGUGAAGGUCCUUCAUCAGACAUAUGUCAAGGAGAUGUCUUUUUCCUUUCAAAUCAUUCCACAGUGGAGCUGAGCAUGUUGUAAUAAGCAGGAAACUCUCUUAUUUGUGGGUGGAUGUACCUGUGUGUUGCCGUAUUUUGCAAUAAACUUUGGGCAGAUUGUUGUGUAACCCAAUGCAAACGUGUUCUGAAUGUCUUACAUUGAACACAGGAAAGCAUUGGUUGCUCAGCAGUCUAAUGGUUUCAGGUUGAUCAUCCCUUCUGCCGUUCACUUGGGCAGUGGGUUUGGAAUAUAGGGCUAAAUAUAUUCACAAUUCUCAUCUCAAAAAAUACAUAACGCAACAUUAACUUUUUGGAAUUCCCAUAGAUGUGUGGAUUUCUUUCAUCACCCUCGCUACAUUGUUAAUAUUAUGUAUUUAUUUUUAUUUAAAGAGUGCCUGGUAAUAUAUUGACUCUUGUAUUACUUGACUAUCCAUGUCCAAUGACAAACAACAGUAGUUAUAUAUGAUACUGUGACCAAAUCUGCAGCAUUCAACAUUGAGUUGCUUUGACAUCACAGACCAGAACUUCAAAAAGGCUCUUAGUAAAUCAGUGGUGUGUUACUUGGGCAUGCUGUUGACUGCACUUUGACUUGCUUUCGAUUGAACCGGGAUGUAGCUGAAACUGCCCCUUUUAGCUUCUCCUUUUUAAAAAUAGUUAUAUUGAGAUUUUAAGAAAGUGACCUAGCCCAUUUUAAUUGCAAGAAGUUAGGGUUGUAAUGACAAGGAAAACUGGAGCGCUUGACUCUACUUGCAUAAAUUAGAAAUGGCCUCCAAAUAUUUUAAUGGAGGAAAAGGGGUGUCAGUAUUUUGAUAGUAUUAUUUAUUUCAACCUUUAUUUUAAGCCUGUGCUUUAGUGAUAAAAUAUAUCAACUUGAAGCAUUAAUGAUCAUCUCAAAAGGAAGUAGGGUAUACACCAAAUUGGUAAGUUGGGGUUUGAUAGAGUUGUACAAAGUUCUCAAUCACAUCCAUCAUCCCCAGCUCUGUAUGGUGGUUAGCUUUAGCAGGUCAGGUCAGGACAAAAUGGUGCAAUUUUUCACCUGUGUUUUUUCAAGACAAUCCAGCAGUUUGAGCAACUCUUGGAACUAUGUUAACUAUACUGAUAUAUUCCACUGUCAGAAAUAACGCUAUGUGUUUAGCCUUGGAUUUUGCUUCUGUUACUAUUGUUUUGUUUUCUCUUUCUUUUCUUUCCUGAAAUACAGAAAUUACAGUUCUUCCUGAAAUAUUUGGAACCAAUCAAUAUUGUGAAUUUUGAUUUGAAAACACUUUCAUAAUAAACACUAAGUAUUAGGAAAA